AUGACGACAGACGCUGUUAUCGGUAAUGAUUUGCCGCCAUCUACGUCGCCGAUUAUUCGUCUCAACGUAGGUGGCAGUUUAUUUUCAACAACAAGGCAAACUCUUCUUCGAGAAGAGAAUUCGAUUUUUACGCAGAUGUUAUGUCUGGAAUUCAAGGGUCUUGAAAACUCCAUUCUUGUGUUGCCCGAUGGCACUUUUUUCAUUGACCGCGAUGGAUUUCUGUUCGCUUACGUUUUGGAAUAUUUACGACUGGGAAAGCUCAUUUUACCGGAUAACUUUCAUAACCUAACCAGGCUACGAGAAGAGGCUCGAUUCUAUCGACUCGAAAGUCUUGAAGAGCAAAUUUUAGCUUAUAAUGCUACCAAAUACAUUCCACUGGGCGAUGGUGCGCUCACAAGCUCUGCUGAAACAGGUAAGGUCAAUCCACAAACUAUCAACAGAAUCCGAUAA